CCCUGACUUCACACUUCCAAGCAGCAAUAUCCCCCCAGAUGGGCAUGCAGACUCUCCUUCACGACUCCUCUGUUACUCUUGCCGUCUUCUUUCACAGGCUAUCUUUCUUCGCACUAGGCUCAUCACUGAUCGCGAUCUAGCAGCCGACAGCCUUGCAUCUGGGCCACCCACACCUUCCCAAGGCGCAUACACCCUCAUCUCAUUGGUACCGAUCAGGAGGACACCACUGCUGCAAUCAAGCGCGCAGAGAGAUCAGGCAGGCAGUAAUUCGAACCGAGACCAUUGCUCGCAAUCGCAAUGUCUUCCAAAGCGCUCAAAGCGUUGGGAGAGGAUGUGUGGAAGAAUAGAGCAGAAAAGGUCAAUGCGGAGCUGUUCACGCUGACGUACGGAGCGCUAGUCGUGCAGCUGAUCAAGGAUUACGAGGAUUACACUGCCGUCAAUGCGCAAUUGGACAAGAUGGGCUACAAUAUCGGCACGAGACUGAUCGAGGAUUUCCUAGCUAGGACCGGUCUGCCCAAGUGUAGGGAUUUUGCAGAGACUGCCGAGGUGCUUUCCAAAGUCGGUUUCAGGCUGUUCCUCAACAUUACGCCCGUGCUGCUUCCGAUCAAAGAGGUGCCUCUGACCUCGGCGUCGCAAUCCGCAGUUGUCGCCAGUGCAGCAGCCUCGGCAUCGGGCCAAACAACGCAAGAAUUUGGUCUGGUGCUGGAAGAGAACCCACUGGCUGAGUUUGUAGAGCUGGACGAAGAAGCUAGAUUGGGCGGACUUUGGUGGAGCAAUGUGCUUUGUGGCGUUAUCAGGGGCGCUUUGGAGAUGGUCCAAUUACAGACAGAAGUCAGAUUCGUAUCGGACGUUCUCAAGGGCGACGAGACUACAGAGAUGCGGGUCAAACUCAUUCGCGUCUUGGACGAAGAAGCUCCGAUCGCUGAUGAUUGAUGCGCUGUGCUCUCAUGUACAACAGAUUGCCCUUUUUACCCGGCAAAAGUCAUACUCAUUCUGUCUUCCUAACGGCAAAGGAAAACGAAUACGAUGCCAUAUUGUCGA